AUGCUCGCCCAAGAAGAUAACGGGGUCGAAAGAGCGGUCUAUUACUUGAGCCGUGGAUUGACCGAUACAGAGAUUCAUUAUACCGAUAUAGAGAAAAUGUGCUUGUGUUUGUACAUCCCAUGUUGCAAGCUUCGGUAUUACAUGUUGCCGGUAGUGGUGUACGUAUUAUCCCAGACCGAUAUCAUUAAGUAUAUUCUAUCAAAACCGUACUUAAGAAAUCGGAUUGGGAAGUGGGCGAUUGCAAUGUCCGAGUUCACAUUAGUAUAUGUUCCCCAGAGGGCAGUCAAAGGACAAGUGUUGGCCGAUUUCUUAGCCGAUCAUCCUGGUAUUACCCUCAUUAAGGAGACAAUUAGUUGCUGCGACAUAGCCAUAUGGGAGAUGUGGUUUGACGGAUCUAGGACUAGCCAGGGGGCAGGCGCCGGAGUACAUAUCGUUUCGCCCUUGGGGGCAUCUUACCAAUUGUCAUUCAGGCUCCAUUUUGAGUGUACCAACAAUCAGGCGGAAUAUGAGGCCCUAAUAUUCGGCCUCGAAAUUUUGUCCGAACUGGGGGCAAAGGCGAUCAAUAUGAAAGGAGAUUCUUUGUUGGUUAUCAAACAAGUGAUGGGGGAAUUCAAAUGCGAGUCCGAGCUACUAGUAAGGUAUUGCAACAAAGCGAAGCAUCUGAUCGAAGUCUUUCAGGACACAAGGAUAGAAUACACCGAGAGGGCCGGUAAUGGUAUCGCGAAUGAUCUGGCUCAACACGGCAGUGGUUACAAGGUGAACCUCCAGUUCGAUACAAUCGAAAGAGAAUCGCCAAAUCUCCAUAUUGGGGUCAUCACUCUUGAUGAAAACAAAUAUUCGGCCUACCAACUAAAUAUCACCCAAGAUUGGAGAACCGAGAUCUUGAAAUGGUUUGAAGAACCAGAUCUGACGGAUAGGAGGUUAAGGACCUUGGCCCUGAAUUACGUGGUUUUAGCAGGCGACUUGUACAAAAAGGUCUUUGAAGGGCUACUUUUCAUAUGCAUCGGCCCCAAGGAAGCAAUGCUUGCAAUGGCCGAAGUACAUGAAGGAAUAGCUGGCGCUCACCAGGCAGGCCCUAGAAUGAGAUGGCUGAUCCAUAAAUACGGCUUUUAUUGGCCGAAGAUGGAGCAAGAUUGCAUAAGAUAUGCUAAGGGGUGCGAGGCCUGUCAGAAAUGUGGUCCUAUACAGCACGUCCCGGCCAAAGAACUACACUCUAUUAUUAAGCCAUGGCCAUUUAGAGGAUGGGAAGUCGACCUCAUAGGGAAGAAAUACCCUGCCUCGUCAGAUGGUCAUACUUUUGUUAUUAUCGCCACUUGCUAUUUCACCAAAUGGGUCAAAGCCAAGCCUCUGAAAUCGCCCACACAAGAAGCAGUGAUCAAGUUCUUCAAAGAGCACAUCGUCCACUGA